AUGUGGUCUCAAAUCGUCUUAACUCUUUUUGUGGGACUCGCCUAUGCCUCUACAAAUCCAUCAUGGAAAGAAAAUACCGAAUAUGUAUAUGAAGUCAAUGGACGUACUUUGAGCAGUUUACACGAAGCUGCUGAUCAAUACUCUGGCGUAUUGUUAAAAGCUAAAUUGCACAUUGCCGUCUGGUCCGAAGACAAACUCCAAGGAAGAAUAUCUGAACCUCAAUAUGCUCAAGUUCAUACCAACUUACCAGCAGGUUGGAGAUCAGAAAUUCCAGAUUCUCAACUAAACUACAAACAAUUGUCUCUUAGUGAAAAACCUUUCGAAAUUAAAUUUGAAAGAGGUUUGAUCACAAAGCUGACUGUUGAAAAAGAGGUCUCUAAUUACGAAUCUAACAUCAUCAAAAGUAUUGUGAGUCAAUUCCAAUUGGACGUUCAAGGACAGAGUGCCACUCGUAGUCCAAUGAACAACUUGCCCAAUGGCGAAAGGAUGGACGGAGUUUUCAAGACUAUGGAAGAAACUGUUACCGGAAAAACUGAAACCCUAUACGACAUUCAUCCUCUUCCAGAAUACUUGUUGCAAAGUGAACCCUGGUUGGCUCCUCAAGAUAGCUUUAGAGGAGAAGGAGACGUUAUCGAAGUAAUCAAAACCAAAAACUUCACCAAUGCUGAAGAAAGACCCUCUUAUCAUUAUGGAUUUGGGAAAAUUGAAGAACAAGAACCCACCUACAACAAACUGGGUCAAUUUUUAAUUAGAGAAUCCAUUUCUCGUGCCAUCCUUACCGGCAAAUUAUCUAAAAACGUCAUUCAAACCUCCAGCACCGUUAACAAAAUCAUGGUUACCCCAUCAUCCGAAAAUCAACAAAUGGGAUCCAUUGUCAGUUUUGUAAACGUAACUCUUCAAGGUGUCCAAACCCAACGAAAACAACUUGAAGAAUUAUCCAACCCCCUUGAAAUUGGGGAUUUGGUCUACACUUAUGAGAAACCCUACUCAAGGAAUAAUCAAGUUCAUAAAAAAUUGCAAGGUAAACCCGAGGAAGACUCAUCCAGCGAGGAAAGCUCCGAAAGUUCUUAUAGAAGAUUCCGCCGUAAUGCCAUGUGGAAUCAACAAAGCGAAGAAAACUCUUCUGAAGAACAACAGCAACAACCAAGACCCCAAAUGUCACGUGCUCCUGAAUCACCACUUUUGCCAACCAUGAUGGGAUAUCAUGGCAAGUCCAUCAAGCAAAGCAGUGAAUUCAAUGUUCAACAAAACGUAGAAAAGCUCGUGCAAGAAAUUAGCGAAGAAAUACAAUCACCUGAAAAAAUUUUGAAAGAAUCCACUUUGAACAAAUACACCAUGCUAAAUACCCUCGUUCGUUUAAUGGACAAAGACGAAAUUGAAUCUGUUGCUCAACAAUUGUACACUCAAAACCAAGAAGGCCAAGAACGUCUUGCUUGGGCAGUAUAUCGUGACGCCGUAGCUGAAGCCGGUACCGCACCAGCUUUCUUGAACAUCCAACAAUGGAUCGAAUCCAGAAAAAUCCAAAAGCAAGAAGCGGCCGAAGUUGUUGCUACCAUGGCCCAUGCCAUCCGCUAUCCAACUGAAGAGUACAUGCGCAAAUUUUUCGAAUUAUCUACUAAUUCCCAAGUCAAACAGCAGGCCUAUCUAAACGAAACCGCCCUUUUGUCUUACACUGAGUUGGUUCACAAAGUGUACAUCAACAGGAACGAAUCUCAUAACCAAUUCCCAGUUCAUGCUUUUGGAAGCUUCUACACCAAGGAAGGUAGAGAAUUUAUUAAGUCUACUGUCAUCACACACCUUGCUCAACAUUUGGAACAAGCUAUUUCCAACGGUGACGCCCGUAAAAUCCAUAUAUACAUCCGUGCUCUUGGAAACAUUGGACACAAGAAGAUCCUUGAUGCAUUUGAACCUUAUUUGGAAGGAGACAAACAAUGCUCUCAAUUCCAACGUAUGUUUAUGAUCUGUUGCUUGGACCAAUUGGCUCGCAAUGAUCCUGAAGUUGCCCGGUCUGUUUUAUACAAAGUCUACCAAAACGCCGCUGAACUUCCAGAGCACCGUGUUGUCGCUGUGCUCCUUCUCAUCAAGACAAACCCAUCAGUCGAGAUGCUUCAACGUAUGGCUGAAAACACUAAUGUGGAUGUACAAGAGCAAGUCAAUGCUGCUGUCAAAUCUGUAAUUGAAUCUGCUAGCUCGCUCGAAUCUUCCAGUAACCAAGAUUUGAAGAAAGCAGCUCAAGUAGCCAAACCUCUACUUACCAGAAAAGAGUACGGAACAGACCAAAGCUUCCUUCAAUUGCGUGACUAUAUCGUUGAACAAAUGGGCAUGGAAUUCCAACACAGAUUAGCGGUCAUUGGAAGCCAAGAAAGUGGUUGGCCUAAGGCCCUUGGACUUUUAGUUGAAGGAGAAUCCCAUGGAAUGAAAAACAAAUAUUUCCGCGCUUCAGCUUUAAUUUCUAGUGUGAAAGAACUUACUAAUGUCCUCUACAAACAAACCAAACAAUACCAACAAGACAAAUCUCAAAGAUCUCAACAACAAUCUAGCGACAGUCAAUGGUCUAGUGCUGACAUCGCCAAACUGAUGGGAUACGAAAACGAAGAAAGAGAACAACUCGAAGGUGUCAUCAUCGCCGAAAUGGAACACAUGCAAAAAUUGUGGUCUUUCGACAACCAAACUAUCGAACAACUUUCUGAAGCUGUCCGUGAGCAAGAAAAAAAUUUGAAAAACGGCAAACACUUCAACUAUGCGAAACUUAAACAAUUGAAGGAAAUGGCUCUCUCUUACCCUACCGAAAUGGGAAUUCCAUUCCUGUACACCUAUGAUUUGCCUAUUUUGAUGAAAUGUGAAGGAAAAAUUAAAGCUUCCGCUUCCCCUCAAAUUGCCCAGAAUGGUGAAAUCCAAAUGCCCGAUAAAAUUUCAGCAAGAAUUGAGGCUGCCAUAACCAUGACCGCCAAAGCUCAAAGUCACUUGUCCUUUGUAACCCCAUUCGAUCAUCAAAUCUACAUGGCUGGUUUUGACAGAAAUAUGCAAUUGCACGUCCCAGUUAACGCUAAAAUUGAAGUUGAUGUUAAAACUCAACAAAGCGAAAUCGAAUUAGAAGUAGAAAAAGAACAAAAGGAUAUACGCAUGUUGCAUUUCAGCAGCAAACCAUACACCUCCAGAAGCGACAUUAUGACCAUCACUCCAGUUGCUCAUAGACCUAACACUCGCGUUAUCAAACCACAACAACCUCAACAGACCUUUGAUGUUAUGUACGGCAAAAAAGAAUGCGGUUUGGCCUUCCGUGCUUGGGGAUGCUAUCCCGAACAUUCUGUCAAUGUAGGAGAGUUGGUCAGAAUUUACCAAUCUGAAGGAAUCGAAUCCAUGUGGGAUAAAAUCUGGAACACUGGUUCUUUGGAACAAACUGAAGCUAAUAUUGUAUUCAUGCCAAGGCAAUCCACUAUCCAAAAAGUAACAUUACGUUCUAGAUUCGACCAAGAAUACAAGAGGAAACCAGAAACUCAGAGCGAAGAAGAUUUUCUCACUUUAAGUCAAGCUGCUGCCAAACUUCGUAGCAACGAACCCAGUGAACGUCAACAAGAAAUGAUGAAACACGUUGGUUCUGGAAUCAGAAGCGCCCAAUUGUAUUCUGCUGAUGUAUCUGUUGAACUUGCCGGUGAGCAUAAAAAUGAACACGUGUUUGGAUUAGCCUUUGGAAAGAGUAACGCCGAUCCAAAAUCCAGAGCUGUUAUUUAUUACAAAAACAAGAAUCAAGGACAAAAAAUCACCGCCGAAGCAAAAGCUGACGUACCUAACACAAAUGGAUUAGAUUUAACUGAAUCUUUGGAAACCGAACCUCAAGCCAAAUGGAACGUACGCGUGCAACAAGGACAAAAUGACGACACUGGUGCCAAGAUUUCCGCUAAAUUCGAUUUGAGCAGAAGCAAAGCCCGCAAACAAUAUUUGAUGAACGAAGAUACAAUGUACAAGGUAUGCAAAAAAGAAAUGCAGAAACGCAACUUCCAAUUGCCAGCCUGUCAAAACAUGACUAUUAGAGCUAACUUCCUUGACCAAAUUAAAUACCAACUUAAAUUCGAGAACUUCAACAAACAUCUAGCUGAAGCUCUUGAAGAUAUGUUGAAGGCAGCCCGUGUAUAUGCUUAUCCAAAGACUGAAAUCGACUCUGCUGAAACUCAAAAAAAUAUGGUGGAAGGUACUAUUCGCUUCAGACCACAAGACUUGAGACAAGUCAACUUCACCGUAAGAGCAAAUAAUGAAGAAACUAAAUUCUACAAUAUUUCUCUGCAAAACGAAAUAGCCCAAGCUAUCUUGGUUCAACACCCAGUAUUCCAUAUUCGUGCUAGAGUUGCCGGAGUUGUCCAAGGAUGGGAAAACUUCAGACCUACCUGCGUCAUUGACCAAACCGCCGCUCAAACCUUCAGUAAUAAAACCUAUCAUUUAUCUCUCGACCAGCAAUACACUGUUGUAAUGCAAUACAUUCCAAAAGACGCUCGUGAAAACGGUGAAGAUGAACAAACUGUUGAAAAACAAUUGAGGAAACAAGUUGAAAACUACAUUGUUCUCGCACGUCAAACUUCUGGAGACAAAAAAGAAUUGAUGAUUACCCUCAACCAUCCAAAAACCCGCGGCAAGACUGUACAAAUUGAAAUGAAACCUGAACAAGGCCAAAAUUCUGCUAAUAAUCCAGCUGCUAGUGUUAAGGUUAACGGACAACAAGUACACUUCGACGAUAAAGAAAUCGCUGAAUUGCACGAUGGAUUUGUUGAAAUUUAUGCUUUGCCCAAUGGUGAAGUUAAAGUUGAAAUCCAAAAUGCGUUCUACUUAAUCUUCGAUGGAGAACGUGUGAAAUUGACCGCCACCAGCUGGAAAUUCCGUGAUUCUAUCGCUGGUUUAUGUGGACGUUUCAGUGAUGACGAACAUGAGGAUUUCACUACCCCAGCCAACUGUGUCCUUGCUGACUCACGAAAAUUCGUAGAAAGCUACAAAAUUGAUAAAAAUGACCAACGUCGCGAAGAACGUUCCGGUGAAUGGAAACAACAAUGUGUUCAAAAAGUAUUGCCAUUGUACACCGAUGUCAUCUCAGACCGUGACGCUGGAAGAACCGAAAGCAGGAGAGGCCAGGACCAAAGACACAGCUCUACUGGUUCCAAAUUGAGACCACGUUACGUCGAAGAUAAUGGUGAAAUUUGCUUCACCAUUCGUCCAUUGCCCCAAUGCAACCAUUCAGCCCGUAAAACUGUCAGCAAAAAUGUUCCAGUUCAUUGUAUUGAGGGAUCCAAGACCGCCUAUUAUUUGAAGUCUCAAAUCGACCAAGGUGGUAACCCAGACUUCACCCGUAAAUCAGAAACCAAAAAGAUCCGCAUGGAAGUACCACAGCAGUGCAACUGAAUUGAACAUAAUCUAUUUUAGAUUAUUUUAGUUUUAAAACGAGCAUCCCCAAAAAUGUAAAAAAAAUAUGAAUAAAUUAAUGAUAUAUUUAUAAAAAAAAUCUUUUAUUUAAAUUGAUACUAUAGCUAUUGUU